AGAGCCGCUGCAUACAGAUGAGUAGGCAGCCAGUCCGAGCUGACCCACAGGCUCAUAAAAACCAACGGGGCCUCGGGCACCCUCGCCUGGGACACCCAAUUUCUCGGAUCAAAAGUGCCAGGGACCUGCUCACAGCAAGGACCCAGCUGCUUUCUCGGGGACCAAGACAUUGAGUUUUUGUCUCAAUAUUUACUCAAGCAGCCCAUGAGAUCAAGGUGUUGACAGAAAGAAUGUUCAAAUAUCUUCGGAAAUGGUUUGUCACUCGUUUUUUUGGGCAUCCCCGGCGAAGAACAAGGCUGGUUUCCAAAGAUGGAAGGUGCAACAUAGAGUUUGGCAACGUGGAGGCGCAGACAAGGUUUAUAUUCUUUGUGGACAUUUGGACGACGGUGCUUGACCUCAAAUGGAGGUACAAGAUGACCAUCUUCAUCACAGCCUUCUUGGGGAGCUGGUUCCUCUUUGGCCUCCUGUGGUAUGCUGUGGCCUAUAUUCACAAAGAUCUCCCCGAGUUCCAUCCACCGGACAACCACACCCCUUGCGUGGACAACAUUAAUGGUUUGACCUCAGCUUUUCUGUUUUCUCUGGAAACACAAGUGACUAUUGGCUAUGGAUUCAGGUGUGUGACUGAACAGUGCGGCACCGCCAUCUUCCUGCUCAUCUUCCAGUCUAUACUCGGAGUCAUCAUCAAUUCCUUCAUGUGUGGCGCCAUUUUAGCCAAGAUCUCCAGACCCAAAAAGCGUGCAAAGACGAUUACCUUCAGCAAGAAUGCCGUGAUCAGUAAGCGGGGCGGGAAGCUGUGUCUCCUCAUCCGAGUGGCCAACCUCCGGAAGAGCCUCCUCAUUGGCAGUCACAUCUACGGGAAGCUUCUGAAGACCACGGUCACUCCUGAGGGAGAGACCAUUAUUUUGGACCAGACCAAUAUCAACUUCAUCGUUGAUGCCGGAAAUGAAAACUUGUUCUUCAUCUCCCCACUAACCAUUUACCACAUCAUUGAUCACAACAGCCCCUUCUUCGACAUGGCGGCAGAAACACUCCUCCAGCAGGACUUUGAGUUAGUGGUGUUCUUAGAUGGCACUGUGGAGUCCACCAGCGCCACCUGCCAAGUCCGGACAUCCUAUGUCCCAGAAGAGGUGCUUUGGGGCUACCGAUUUGCUCCCAUCGUGUCCAAGACCAAGGAAGGGAAAUACCGAGUGGAUUUCCAUAACUUCAGCAAAACAGUGGCAGUGGACACCCCUCACUGUGCCAUGUGCCUUUACAAUGAGAGGGAUGCCAGGGCCAAGAUGAAGAGAGGCUAUGACAACCCCAACUUCACUUUGUCAGAAGUCAACGAGACAGAUGACACUAAGAUGUAGCAGCAGCUUUUCAACACAAGGAAAGCCAAGUUUCGAACACACAUAGUUACUAGCAGCAUGAUGAAGCGAUCAACAAUGUGGGGGUGUGAAAGCAGACAAAAGCCACUCAAGUUCACCAGCACAGUGGUCGGCAAACUCAUUCGUCAACAGAGCCAGAUAUCAACAGUACAAUGAUUGGAAUUUCUUUUGAGAGCCAAAUUUUUUAAACUUAAACUUCUUCUAAUGCCACUUCUUCAAAAUAGACUUGCCCAGGCCGUAGUAUUUUGUGGAAGAGCCACACUCAAAGGACCAAAGAGCUGCAUGUAGUUCGCGAGCCACAGUUUGCAGACCACAGCCCCAGCACAAUGCCCCUGAACUCCAUAACCGUGAUUCUAUAAGACUCUACAAGGCUAGUGCAGUAGAUCAUGCAUUGUAUUUGUAGGGAGCUAGAAUAUAGAAGUCAUGGGAGCUCACUUGAAUAUGAUUAUUUAAAAUCAUGCAAUGUUAAUAGAAACAGACAAAAGUCUCAUCAGUUUAAUGAGAUCAAAUAAGGUAUUUUUAAAAGUUUCCUUAAAGAAGUUAUGAGCUUUAUAUAGGAUCAGGGAAAAAAAAACAUAUUCUUGUCUUCAUUCUACUGAUAAGAAAUAAGUCACUUUAUUUAUUUU